GAAGUAACUUUCAAAGCUCCAUAUGAGCCCCCUCACGAACAUCACCAUCGCAAAACUAUCACAUCCUCUCUCCAUCAUCUCGCCAAAGCCACAAAGACAAAAGAUGAUAGAACAGGAAGCCGUCGCCGCCGCCGUCGUCGUCGGAGCCGGGCCGUCGGGGCUCGCCAUGUCGGCGUGCCUCAAGACCCUGUCGAUCCCCCACGUCCUCCUCGAGCGAGAGGACUGCUUCGCCUCCUUAUGGAAGAAAUACGCCUACGACCGCCUCCACCUCCACCUCCGCAAGCGGUUCUGCGAGCUCCCCCACAUGCACUUUCCCCCGGACUACCCCGAGUACGUGCCCAAGGCCCAGUUCCUCCGCUACUUGGAUGACUACGCGGCCCGCUUCGGCAUCGAGCCGGCCUACGGGAGGUCCGUGGAGUCGGCGGCCUACGACGAGGGGGACGGGAAGUGGCGGGUCAACGCGAGGGUCGCAGACUCCGGCGAGGUCGAGGAGUACCGGUGCCGGUUCCUGGUGGUGGCUACCGGCGAGACGAGCGACGCCUUCGUCCCGGAGGUGGAGGGAAUCGAGGGCUUCGGCGGGAAAGUGAUUCACUCGACCGGGUACAAGAAUGGGAAGGAGUUCGAGAACAGCAGGGUUUUGGUGGUCGGGUCGGGGAAUUCCGGCAUGGAGAUCGCGUUGGACUUGGCCAACCACGGCGCAAGAACCUCCGUCGUGGUCCGGAGCCCGGUACAUGUGCUGCCGAAGGGGGCGGCGAACCUGGGCCUGGUGUUGCUGAAGUAUCUCUCGCUUCCCAUGGUGGACUCGUUGCUGGUGUUGCUGAGCAAGCUGGUCUACGGGGACAUGUCCAAGUACGGACUGAGGAGGCCGAGCGAGGGUCCUUUCCUUAUGAAGGUCAAGUACGGCAAGUACCCCUUCAUCGACGUCGGCACUUGCCAGAAGAUCAAGUCCGGCGAGAUCCAGCUCCUGCCGGCACUGAAGAGGGUAGAAGGGAACGUGGUGGAGUUCGAAGGCGGCAAGUCUCAUCCCUUUGACGCCGUCGUCUUCUGCACCGGCUUCAAGCGAUCCACCCACAAGUGGCUCAAGGCACAUGAUUACCUGUUGAACGAAGAUGGGAUUCCGAAACCAAGUUCUCCAAAUCACUGGAAGGGCGAGAAGGGUUUGUACUGCGUCGGGCUGUCGAGGAGAGGAUUCUAUGGAGCUGCUUCGGAUGCCCAGAACGUUGCCGAUGAUAUCAAAGCCCAACUUUAGUUUCUCCACAAGUGGCAU